CUCGUCCAAGCAUCGUCCAUGGCCAGAGCGGGGUCGCUAGCUUGCGUGAGGCUGUAUCUGCAGAGAACGGCAGCUGAGCAGGUUCUGGAUCGCCGAACCCGGGUCGGAUUCAUCAUCCGCUGCAGCCAGAGCGGGCCCCGCUGGCGGGGGGAGCUGUGGGAGCUGCGGAUUUGCUGAAGCCUGGCGGAAGCACAGGGCGCUGGGCCGGCUGGGCGCUUUGCAGGCGGCCUUUAAAAGAAAAGUCCAGUCCCCUGAUGUGUUGGUCCAGACUGUUUGGCCAGGCGGCUGCUCGUUGAUUCGGACAGACUACUAGACUACCAUGGGGCAUCCCGAGUGGUGUGGGCACGCCUGGACGACGACGACAGAGACUACUAAACCGAAGACGAGGACGGGCCCCAAGGCCACGAGCUGCAUACCACUGCCACAGGUCUUGAAGAGCAAGGCCUUCCCCAAGAGACACCGCCGCCGCCGCACCCACGCGGCCAGCUCGUGCACCAACGCCUAUUGCAUGUUACACACGCCCAUAAACCUUUGCAAGACCCUGUUCGGCCUGGCCACGUCGUGCUGUGCUUGUGCUCGAGGGUAGGUAGGGGUUGUCCAAGGCUGGGGAGCUGUCCAAUCACUCUUCCCCAGCACUCCAGGGGACAACUCCCCGCGAGAUAAGCUUACCGCGAGAGCGAACGAGCCGGCCGACGGGCGUUAGGCAGGCGGAAAAUCCGGGGCGACCGAUCGGCCGAUGGGCCACAUCAGCCAACGGUUCCGGCGGUUUACUACAAGGUCACGUCACCCCGCAUACGUCCCUGUGACAUGCCCAAUCCCAGCCCUGCUGGCUUGGAGUCUUCACAAUGGCCCAAGUCGACACUUCGAUUCUCGACCAUGCUACGGGCCGGGCCGCGGAGCUUGCCAAAGCCCAUGCGCCCGAGCACCCACUCAAGCUGUACUCGGGCUGGUUCUGCCCCUUUGUCCAGCGCGCCUGGAUGGUGCUGGAGGAGAAGCGCAUCCCGUACCAGUACAUGGAGAUCAACCCCUACCACAAAUCCCCCGAGUUCCUGGCCCUCAACCCCCGCGGCCUCGUCCCCACCCUGGCCGUCCCCCGGCCGGCCGCGGGCGGGGGCCAGCAGGGGCAGGAGCCCAAGCCGCUGUACGAGAGCACCGUCAUCUGCGAGUACCUGGACGAGACCUUUGCGGACGAGGCCGUCCACGGCCCGAGCCUGAUGCCGCGCGACCCGUACGAGCGCGCCCGCUGCCGCAUCUGGAUCGACCACAUCGCCAAAAAGGUGGUGCCCGGCUUCUACAAGCUGCUGCAGCACACGCCCGAAAAGCCCUAUAGCCUCGACGAGGCGCGCCGGGAGCUCCACGACGGCAUCGAGGCGCUCGUGCGCGAGAUGGCGCCGGCCGAGGGCGACGGCUCCACCGGCGACGUCGGCCCCUGGUUCCUCGGCGACCGCUUCAGCCUGGUAGACGUCAGCCUGGCCCCCUGGGCGAAGAGGCUCUGGCUGAUAGACCACUACAAGGCCGGCGGCGUCGGGAUCCCGGUCGAGGGGGCGCAAGAGGGUGGCGGCGGGUCCGUGUGGCGGCGCUGGCGCAUCUGGCACGACGCAAUCGUGAGCAGGCCGUGUGUCGUCAACACGUGGAGCGACGAGCAGUCGUACGUCGACGUGUACAAGCGGUACGCCCGUGACACGACCAACUCGCUGGUCGGACAGGCCACGAGAAAGGGCGGGACGCUGCCUUGAUCGGCAGGCGCCAUCUGUGGCCCCAGACAGGAUGGGUGGAGGAAAUAGGUCUAGCCCAGAGACGUGGAUCUAGGACACGACAGCGGCGGGCGUCCAGGUGGUGAUGGUGAUGAUGAUGGUGGUGAUGGUGGUGUUGGGUCGAACAGCGCGCAGCCCCUGGAGGAACGGAGGCUCCCCAGGUGGGCACCAACGCUUCCCCUGCAGGCAUCGUGCUAUUUUCGAGCUCACCUCGGGAUUAUGCAGCCAGCUGCAUGGCGCAUGGUGCAGGCCACCCGGCCGCCCGGAAGACCCUCGUCAGCGUUUUUGAGUACGAGCGCUCGGCUCUGAUUGGGCGGCUGGCUUGGCACCGGCGGAGGCGGCGAGGGCGGCGGCCCGGUCCGCGAAAGGUCUAGGUGCACGCAGCCAGAGAGAAUCCCGGAGGAUGGAGGGUGGGGGAUGGGAGGGAAGUCGCUGAUGAUCUCAGAAGUUUAAGCAUACAUGUCAUGUCGUACAUACAUUUGCCGGGCUGUUGGACCUGUGGGGAUGCAGCUCGGCAUCUCCCCGGGUGGUGGGAAUGCAGCUAAACAAGUGCACGAAGACGCCCCCCGCUGGCUAGUCCGAGCAGGCUCGGAUAGACGAUAGGCCAGGAGAUGUGACUGUGUCUCUUUUCUUUUUGAUCUACCAGCUGGUGGGUGGUGCAACUUUUUGUCGGAUGCGUAAGCACACUUAUUUCUGCUACAGAACCGACGAAAAAGACAGUUACCGACAACGAUGUUGAGUAUUUCAUGAUAUAUAAAUUUACGUAUCCCUUUCGACCUUAUAUGCCAUGGAGGACAUUAGGGCAUCGGGGCAACUAAGAGGCAACAACAAUGCCUCGAACACGACAGCCAUUUGCACAUGCCGGAUAAAAGCUCC